GGCGAAGGCGCCGGCAAUCGAUUCCCAUCCGCAGUCCGGCUUGGCGUUUGAACAUGGCUGACAAGACUAAAGUUGCUGAGCAGUACUACGCUCCGCCACCGGACCUAGGAAAAUGGGAAGCGUUCAGGAUAUUUCUUUACAACUCCGAGACUGGACAGUUCCUUGGCCGCACGGGAUCGAGUUGGGCUAAAAUCUUGUUGUUCUACCUAAUCUUCUAUGCGGCGCUGGUGGGUUUCUUCGCGGCCAUGCUGGCCAUCUUCUACCAGACACUCGACGCGAAGAUGCCCAAGUGGCAACUUGAUGGGUCCAUCAUAGGAAGUAAUCCAGGUCUGGGCUUCAGACCCAUGCCGGACUCCGCCAAUGUGGAGAGUACCCUCAUCUACUACAAGGCUAACGACAAGGGCUCCGUGCUCAAAUGGGCCAAGGUCAUCGACGAGUUCCUUGAACAAUAUCGCAAGAAGGGAAGUGGCAGCGGUGAGGCCAGCGGCGCUGAGAACAGGGUUCCAUGCUCCCCGACAUCAGGCGCCCUCGGUGAGAAGCAGGUGUGCGAUGUGCCAAUUGACGAGUUCCAUCCAUGCACUGCCGCCAACCAGUACAACUACGAGGCGGCCGGACCUUGCGUCUUCUUGAAGCUGAACAAGAUCUUCAACUGGCAGCCGAAACCUUACAACAACACUGAAGACCUGCCCGGCAACAUGCCAGAGGAUCUGAAGUCACACAUCAAGAUGGUUUCGGGCAAACCAGAAGCAAAUACAGUGUGGGUGUCGUGUGAGGGUGAGAAUCCCGCAGAUGUCGAGAAUAUCGGGCCAGUGCAGUACAUCCCGCGGCGGGGCUUCCCUUCAUACUAUUACCCAUUCACCAACAAGGAGGGAUACCUGAGUCCCCUAGUUGCUGUACUCUUCGAGAAGCCCAGAACGGGCGUACUGAUCAACAUCGAGUGCAAGGCGUGGGCGAAGAACAUCUUCUACGACCGCUACGAGCGGCGCGGCUCGGUCCACUUCGAGCUGAUGGUGGACCGCUCUUAAAUCCCCAUCGUCAGGCCAUUGUAGCCAACUGACUACCGUGGUCGACAUAUCCCGUGAAGCUCAGGUGUAAUUGAACACGGAAUCUUUGGCCAAAACGAUGUAGGUGUCUGCGUGAAUGGUCCAAUAUGGUAGCUCGUUAGUUCUUACAUUUUGACGACAAAAAACUGUCUUUACUUAGAUGGAGAGUUAGCGUAACUGUUAAAGUCUUAGAUCUUAAGUAUAUUGAUCUCGUUAUCCAGUGCUCAGUGCCAAACAUUCGGUGUUUUAUUACAUGUUCAGUGAGUCAGUUGGCCACGGAGGUCGUUGGUCGGGCCGAGGCAGCUUGGCACAUGGCAAGCAUUUCAGCAGUUGCGUGCCGCUGGUGCCGGGCGAUUAGCAAUAGCCACAUAGUCGGCGGUUAAUUUAUAUUCGUUUUAGAAUAAGCCAAAUGGCGUCACUAAGUUAAGUUUCGUUUCACGCUUCAAAUAAUGUUUUAAAUUAUUGAUAAUAUUUAUUAUGUAAUGUUUUCUGGACGAGAUGUCAAUAAACACGCAAUAGUUGGUUCCAAA